AUGUAAGUAGGGGUUUGGUGGAUCACACGGUCCACAAUUAUUAUCACCUAAUUAUUGUCACCAGUGAAGAAACACAGUAUACAUACAUAUACAUAGCUAGCACGUCUCUCAUCAACUACCUAUCCGAUUGCACAAUGAAUCUCGCCGGAGUCCUCGCUGGAAUAUUUCUGCUGCUGGCGGUCUACUGUGGAUUAGACCCUUUCAGGCAUAGUGCAAUUGUUGAUUUCCCCGACUUUGAGUCCGUCAAAGUCGACAUGCCGCAGUGGUCUGAAGUGCCGACGGAUAAAGACACUCAAAACUUGCUACAGAAGUCGGAGAUUAAGUUUUUGAAUCAAAUUCAAGGCCCGGAGAGCGUCGCAUUUGAUCUACAAGGCCGUGGACCGUAUACUGGUAUUGCUGAUGGACGGGUUGUAUUCUGGAAUGGAAAUUCGUGGUCUGAUUUUGCUUAUACGUCUCCUAAUCGGUCAGAGAUAUGUAAUCCAAAACCAACAAUCUUGGGCUACUUAAAAAAUGAGCAUAUAUGUGGGAGACCAUUGGGGUUGCGGUUUGACAAGAGAAAAGGUGAUUUGUACAUUGCAGAUGCGUAUUUUGGGUUGCUAAAAGUUGGGCCUGAUGGUGGGUUGGCCACCUCUCUAGUAACCGAAGCUGAAGGAGUUCCUUUGAAAUUUACAAAUGAUCUUGACAUUGAUGAUGAGGGAAAUGUAUACUUUACAGAUAGCAGUGCAAAGUAUCAACGAAGGAACUUCAUGCAUUUAGUUUUCUCUGCAGAAGAGAGUGGUAGAGUUUUGAAAUAUGAUCCAAUCCAAAAAAAGACAACUGUUCUUCUUCGUAACCUCCAGUUUCCUAAUGGUGUGACUCUAAGCAAGGAUGGUUCCUUCUUCGUAUUCUGUGAGGGGUCCAAAGGCAGGUUAAUAAAAUACUGGCUAAAGGGGGAGAAAGCUGGGACAUCCGAAGUGAUGGCGAUUCUACCUGGUUUUCCUGACAAUAUCAGAACAAACGAAAAGGGUGAAUUUUGGGUGGCAAUUCACACUCGUCGAUCCAUGUACACAUACAUAUGCGCCUUACACCCAAAACUUCGUAUGUUUUUGCUGAAGCUUCCGAUCCCUAUAAAGUUCCAUUACCUUAUGAACAUCGGUGGCCGGCUUCAUGCUUUGGUUGUCAAAUACAGUCCGGAUGGUAAGAUUCUACAGAUAUUGGAGGAUUCACAAGGUAAAGUUGUACGGGCCGUGAGUGAAGUUGAGGAGAGGGAUGGAAAGCUAUGGAUGGGGAGCGUCCUCAUGUCCUUUAUUGCGGUAUACCAGUUAUAGCCGUACCAUGUAUGUGUCUUUUAGCCAACAUGUGAUGUAUGUGUCUUUUAGCCAACAUUUUGAAAAAAGGAACUGUUGCCACUGUGAUGUAGAAAAAGACAUUUCAGCAAUAAAAGUAUUUUGGUUGCUUGGUU